AUGUUUGCCACUGCGUUCCUAUCUCUUCUUGUCAUCGUCUCUGCGGCGUCUGCUGCUCCUUCCCGCGACCCACCUCCGAAAGUGGCUCACGUUGCAUCGUGCGGGAAAGGUCGGACUUCGUCCAGUGCGAAGUGCUGUGUCUGGUACAAAGUUCUGGACGACAUUCAGAGCGCAGACGGAUUAUUUGAAGGGGGUCAGUGUGGGGAGGAAGCCCAUGAGUCCCUGCGUCUGACUUUCCACGACGCCAUUGGAUAUUCGCCUUUGUUGAAGUCUCAAGGGAAAUACGGAUGUUUGGAGCUGACUGGCGUGAUGGUGCUUUGUAGCGGCGGCGGAGCGGAUGGCUCUAUCAUGGCUCACAUGCACCUCGAACUCAAGGAUCCUGCCAACCUCGGUGUUGAUGAGAUAAUCGAGAAGCUUCGUCCUAUUGCCCUCCGCCACGGGGUGUCCUACGGUGACAUGAUCCAGUUUGCCGGCGCUGUCGGCGUCGGGAACUGUAUGGGUGGUCCCAAGCUGUCCUUCAUGGCGGGUCGCCCAUACUUCUCCAUCCCCGCGCCGCUGGGUCUCGUACCUAAGCCUGAGGAUCCCAUCGACUCAAUCUUGGAACGGAUGGCCGACGCGGGUUUCUCUCCCGAGGAGCUCGUCGCCCUCCUCGCGUCUCAUUCCGUCGCCGCUCAAGACAACGUCGAUCCCAGCAUUCACGGACACCCAUUCGAUUCGACUCCCUCCUCAUUCGAUUCGCAGUUCUUCGUUGAGACUCUCUUGAAGGCUGAGAGCUACCCCAACGGCCCGCACACUGGCGAAGCGCAGUCCCCGCUUCCUGGAGAGUUCCGCCUCCUCUCGGACCAGGUCAUCGCCCGCGACUCACGCACGGCAUGCGAAUGGCAGUCUUACGUCGACAACCAGGCACGCAUGGUGCAGAAGUUCACCGCGGCCAUGGCCAAGCUGGCGGUCCUGGGCCAGGACGUCAGCCGGCUCACGGACUGCUCGGAUGUGAUCCCCCAGGCGAAGAAGGGCGCGCCUGCCUCUGCUGUCCUCCCCGCCGGUACAUCUCCCGACGAUGUCGAGGUGUGGUGUACCGCUACUCCGUUCCCGACUCUAGCCGUUGCUCCUGGACCUCAGACUUCCAUUGCCCCAGUGUGA